UACAUCAUGGCGGCGUUUGGCGGAGGUUGGGGCAGGUGAGGGAACCCUUGGGACUGUUGGGAGCCAGGACCCAGGUAAAGAGAUUGCUAGUCACCUGGGAAGCUGCGCUGCAGAAACUGAGUCCUCUGUGGGAGAAAAAGAAGGAAGGAAAGGGAAGGAAGGUGUGAGGUCUCCCCGCCCCCACCGGGAUCUCUCCCUGGGCCCCGCCUCUCCCUCAGGUGAAGGAAGAGCCGCCUCUGGUCGCUCACCUUUUUUGAAGCUAUGUCGGGGGCUGGCAACAAGCGCGCAGCCGGAGAUGGGGGUUCGGGCCCCUCGGAGAAAAAGCAGAAUCGGGAGGAGAAGACCACGACCACUCUCAUAGAGCCCAUCCGCCUGGGAGGCAUCUCCUCCACGGAGGAGAUGGACCUAAAGGUGCUGCAGUUCAAGAACAAGAAGUUGGCAGAGCGACUAGAACAACGACAGGCCUGUGAAGAUGAGUUAAGGGAGCGCAUUGAAAAGCUAGAAAAGCGACAGGCCACCGAUGAUGCUACAUUGCUUAUUGUCAACCGAUAUUGGGCCCAGCUAGAUGAAACUGUAGAAGUUCUCCUCCGACGGCAUGAGGGACGAGGAGAAUUACUCUCUAGGGCAGAGGAUCUGGGAGCCCAAGAUGGCACCGAACCUGAUGGGACUUCUCUGCCUGAACCAGGAACCACAGAGAGAAGAGAUCUUCCCACCCUCCAGCUUCGACCCCCACUAAGUGAGCCAGCUUUGGCUUUUGUGGCAGCCCUGGGGGCCAGCAGUAGUGAAGAGGUAGAACUUCAGCUCCAGGGCCGAAUGGAGUUCUCUAAGGCAGCUGUGUCCAGGGUAGUGGAGGCUUCAGACAGACUGCAUCGUCGAGUAGAAGAACUGUGUCAUCGAGCCCAAAGCAGAGGAGAGUGUGAGACCCUCGGGGAAGGAUUUCGGACUUUAACCAAGGAACUUGGACAGGACAACAGGCGACUUCAGGACUUGACCACACAACUGCAAGAAAAGCACCAUCGAAUUUCUCUGGAAUACUCUGAGCUUCAAGACAAGGUGACAUCAGCAGAGACCAAGGUUCUAGAGAUGGAGACUUCAGUGGAGGAUCUCCAGUGGGACAUUGAGAAACUUCGAAAACGGGAGCAGAAACUCAAUAAGCACCUUGCUGAAGCUCUGGAGCAGCUCAAUUCGGGCUAUUAUGUAUCAGGGAGCUCAGGGAGUUUCCAAGGGGGCCAAAUCACACUCAGUAUGCAAAAGUUUGAGAUGCUGAAUGCUGAGCUAGAGGAGAACCAAGAGUUGGCCAAUAGCCGAAUGGCAGAGUUAGAGAAGCUUCAGGCAGAGCUACAGGGUGCUGUAAGGAGCAACGAACGGCUCAAGGUGGCCCUGCGGAGCCUGCCUGAAGAGGUGGUAAGAGAGACUGGUGAGUACCGACUGCUACAGGCUCAGUUCUCUCUGCUUUACAAUGAAUCCUUGCAAGUGAAGACGCAGCUUGAUGAAGCAAGGGGGCUGCUUCUGGCUACCAAGAACUCCCAUCUGAGGCACAUUGAGCACAUGGAGAGUGAUGAGCUGAGCCUGCAAAAAAAGCUUCGAACUGAGGUGAUUCAGCUAGAGGACACAUUAGCCCAGGUGCGAAAAGAGUAUGAGAUGCUGCGAAUCGAAUUUGAGCAGAACCUAGCAGCCAACGAGCAGGCAGGGCCUAUUAACCGGGAGAUGAGGCACCUGAUCAGCAGCCUGCAGAACCACAACCACCAGCUGAAGGGUGAUGCCCAGCGAUAUAAGAGGAAGCUGAGGGAGGUGCAGGCAGAGAUCGGCAAGCUUCGGGCACAGACUAUGGGCUCAGGCACUUCAGCCCCAUCCCAAACUGCCUCUGAGGAUCAGGGAUCAGGUGGAGGGGGAACAUUGACCUCAGUGAAAGAAGAAGAGAGUUCUGGGUCAGGGCCCACUAUUCUCCAAGAGAUCAAAAAAGAGGCAGUCUCAGCCCCAGUGACCCCCACAGCUUCUACAACCAGUGUCGUGAAGAAAGAAGAGCCCCCUUUUGAGGAGGAAUUGCCUCUCACCCAGACCCAAGCUCCACAUCCCACACCCCAAACCCCUGCUUCCAGGAGCCGGGAAACUGAGCCUCGAGGAAAGCGAGAGCCCCGGGACCGGGAAGGGCCAGCAUCUGGGACCCCAACAUCUUCUUCCUCCUCCUCUUCCUCAAGGGGAGAUCGAGACAAGGCCAAGGCUGAGGAAAGCAAGAGGAAAGAAUCAGAAUUACUCAAGGGACUACGAGGGGAACUCAAGAAGGCCCAAGAAAGUCAGAAGGAAAUGAAACUGCUUCUGGACAUGUACAAGUCUGCCCCCAAAGAGCAGAGGGACAAGGUGCAGCUCAUGGCUGCAGAGCGCAAGGCCAAGGCUGAGGUAGAUGAACUUCGGAGCCGAAUCCGGGACCUGGAGGAGAAGGAAAGGAAAGAGAGUAAGAAGUUGGCUGACGAGGAUGCUCUGCGAAGGAUCCGGCUGGCAGAAGAACAGAUUGAGCACCUGCAGCGCAAACUAGGGGCCACCAAGCAGGAGGAGGAGGCACUGCUCUCAGAAAUGGACGUGACUGGUCAGGCUUUUGAGGAUAUGCAGGAGCAGAAUGGCCGCCUUAUACAGCAGCUUCGAGAAAAGGAUGAUGCUAACUUUAAGCUAAUGUCAGAGAGAAUCAAAUCCAAUCAGAUACAUAAGCUGCUCCGGGAAGAGAAGGAUGAGCUUGGGGAACAAGUCCUGGGCCUCAAGUCUCAGGUGGAUGCUCAGCUGUUGGUGGUACAGAAGUUAGAAGAGAAGGAACGGGUUCUUCAGGGCAGCCUGGGAAGUGUGGAGAAAGAACUAACCCUAAGGAGCCAAGCCCUGGAGCUUAAUAAAAGGAAGGCAGUGGAAGCAGCACAGCUGGCAGAGGACCUCAAGGUACAGUUAGAACAUGUACAGAGCCGGCUUCGGGAAAUCCAGCCCUGCCUGGCUGAGAGCCGAGCAGCUCGAGAGAAGGAGAGCUUCAACCUCAAGAGGGCCCAGGAGGACAUUUCUCGACUUCGGCGGAAGCUGGAAAAGCAGAAGAAGGUAGAGGUCUAUGCUGAUGCUGAUGAGAUUCUGCAGGAGGAAAUAAAGGAGUACAAGGCUCGGCUGACCUGUCCCUGCUGUAAUACCCGGAAGAAAGAUGCUGUCCUCACCAAGUGCUUUCAUGUCUUCUGCUUUGAGUGUGUGCGAGGCCGCUAUGAGGCCCGACAGAGAAAAUGCCCAAAGUGUAAUGCUGCUUUUGGGGCUCAUGACUUCCACCGUGUCUAUAUUAGCUGAGAAAACCAGUGUCCAAAUCCCCGAAAUUCUACAAUCUGUUGGCUGAACUACAGAGUCGGAGGUCCAAGACCUGCAUGGUUUCCAUGGUGCUGAUGGCUGAACCUGGACCUCCGGAGUCAUGUCUCCAAGCCUCUUUUCCUUUUUGCUUUGGACCUUAGUCAUCCAGCCCUCAAAUACUUCACCCAUUUGGCAUGUGUGAGUUUAUCCAGCCACACCCUCAGAUCUUGAUUUUUCUUGGUUCGGGACCCAGGCAUCUUGAUUCCCACAACUUGAGGCGGAGAUUGAACUCUCCUGAUUGAAAGCCAGACUGUUUUCACGUCACAGGAAGUGGCUCACUUUGGAAAAGGUUGCCUGUCCCCAUAUGGCCUUAUCUGGACCCAGACUGGCAGGGAAAGGUGAUUCUGUGGUCUGGUCUACCUGAGUUUAGUGUGAAUUUGCCCCCUCUGAAGGCUGAUUUGAGGGAGGAGAGUUAUUUCCUGCCACAUUGAUCUAUUCCACAGGGAAAGCUCUGAUUCUGGUUUGUGGCCAGGCCUUGUCCCCUUUUCCUUGUUGUCUCACCCCAAUGAGAGUCUUUGGCAUUCAUCCCCUUGGAACUGAUCUCCUUUUUGAUCUUCUUGGGAAAUUUCCUUUCAACUAGCUUUACAAUCUCGGUCUCCUUCCCAGAGUAAGAAUUCCCCAUGUUACUCUCCACCCUGAGGAGCCCCGACAAAAUCCUUGUAGCUACAUCUUGCUCAGGGCUGGCCCCACCAGGUACAUUCCCUACUAACUGUAUCGAGGAGGCUGCACAGGGCACAGAGGGGAGUCAUCUCAUCUGGAGGCUGGGUAACUAUGACAACUCCUUCCUUCUUUCCCCUCUCCCUACCACUUUUCUUUUCUCUGUAAGGAGCUGCCACAUCCUUCUCAGCUUGGCACAGCUGGAUCUUUUCUGCUCUGGGGCUGGUAUUACUGGAUGAGGCUGAGACUACAUCCUCAGGUCUUUAAGAAUGGUGAGGGUCUGUGGGAUCUGAUGCAACUGGAACUGUGUUGGCGAAGCUUUUGUUCCCUUUGUGAUAAGGGUCAGGUGUCCCACUGCUCUGCUUUUUCCAGAAACCCUGUGCCAGGAGUUUCAAUCUACUCUGCAUUCGCUCCCUAGACCCCAUCUUCUCUCUCAAUAAAAGUUCUAGCUUUCAGCUUCUGCAUCCUUGGUUGUUCUGCUGGAUCUGGGAGUCCCAUAUGUGAGAAAUGGAACCAAGUCCUCAGAGCUGGAGGGCUUUAGGGCUCCUUGGGUUUUCCCUGAGCCCCGCCAUCUCAGAGUCCCAGAUAUCCCUGCCCCUCCCCUUCCACUUAAUAGUCACAAAUGGAGUGAGUAGUAGUUCUUAAGAUGAGAGAGAGAGUACAGUAAAUAGAGAAGUCUAGAGACAAAUGGCAUAAACAUUUUCUGGGCCUUGUCUGUCUUCAGGCAACAACGUAGCCGAAAAGACUUCCCACUAACAAAUUCUCACAUGAGUCCAUCUGAUUAUUCCUCAUGUCCAACUUCCAUCCUCAUCCUCUCAUCAACAUCAUAUCUCAUGGCUUCUCACCAUUACAGAGGGACAAGAUUCAUUUUUCAAGUUCCAGUAUGCUUUGACCCAGAUGUCCUCUUUGCAGAUUUCUUGUAUGGCUGAUAUUUGUUGUGAAGAAUAAAAAUUAAACCUUUUCCUGAA